AGAACACUCUUAUAUUAUGGGAGGGAGUAGUACUCAAGAAAGGUUAUGAGUUAACGUCAAAAUUACACCCCUUUUGUAUGCUGCUCCCACAUAGGACUCUGGAAUUCAAGAGUUGAGACCUACUUUGGAUCUGUUUGGAACGCAGUUUGCACUUUGCAGAAACCUACCGCAAACAGCAACGCUCCACCAAACUCUUGAUCGAUUUGACUAUUUGAGCAUGGAUAUCACAGGCCCAAUAUUAUAAAUGAAACAUCAUUGCACUCAUCUAACUUCUUGACUGAUUUACGCAUGCUAUUAAAUUAAUUUUCAUUAUUUAUAAAGAAGCAUGCUACUAUUGUUAUGUGAACAAUUCGUAAGCACAUGGGGAGAAAAAAGAAUGCCUUGCAAAAAGGGAAGAGCUCAAAUCGGUGCAUCAAUGAGACAAUGGCCUUUUGUUUUGAGAAAAAUUCAGUGACUGACCUGUUACCAUCAUGAACACCACAGGGAGUCAUCAGGGACCAAAGAAAAGAAUCCGGAAAGAAGCUUUUCGGCACCGUCCAUGGGUCCGUCCGGCCCCGGAAAAGUCUUUGCAUGAAAGCGGCGGCGGCAGAUGCAGAUCGAGAUCCCGCAGAAACGCGAUGGCGACGGCCACCACCGCGCGGCGCGGCUCCCCCUCCACGACCAAACACGCGGGAAAGGUAAAACGCAACACCCACCACCCCGCUGGCUCGUCGGCCCCACCGUCGGCGUGGGCGCACGUGCCACCGCCUCACCCGUGUCCGGCGACGGCCGGGGACAACUACUACCGCGGAAGGCGGAAGUACUAGCACAACAGAAGGUGUGAGGCCCCGCCACCUUCCCCCACUACCAGCGAUCGGCGCGGCGCCGCUACUUCGUGGCUCGCCAGUCGGUCAGUCCGUCACCUGCUUCACUUUCUUGAGCUCGUACGUCUGUCGUCUUCUCCCUUCCUUGCCUUUCCUUCCCUGCCCUGCCCUUUUUCUUUCGGAUCACCAUUGCCGCCUGCCUGCUGCACGGCCGGCGGUCCAAGCCUUCGCCGUACUGCGUUGCAUCUGCGCGCCGCUGGCCGCGGUCUCGUCUGAAGCGGCGGCAAUCACCCUGGCUUGCUAGCCUUUUCUGCCUCUGCUGCUGCCUGACGCCGGAGUUCCCCGGUGGCUCCGGUCCUCUGUUCUUGGCCCGCCCAUCGGAUCUCGGGCUCCGAUCGGCGUCCGCUUAAAGGUUUGUGCUGGGAGGUGAGAGAGGAGUGGCCAUGGGUGCUGAGGCAAAGCAUGGUAGUGGUACAUUAGGCAUCAAGAGAGUUCUGAGGUGCUCGAUCAGAAUAAGCUAUAGAUGUGCCUCUGAACACUGGGCUCUCUUCAGUCUAGUCCUGCUGCUCUACCUGCUGUACAGGUCUUCACCGGGUCUUUUCGGUUUCAUUAUAUCCUCGUCCCCUGUAGUUAUAUGUGCCACCUUUCUUCUUGGCAUACUGCUGAGUUAUGGGAGCACAGAUCUUCCUGAGGCCGUUGAAGACCGGAAGACUGACGCAGAUUAUUCAGCUCCCAAGUUUGGAUGUUUUCCAGGAAAUAUUCAUUUUGAAGCACAUAAGGAAUUUUCAGUGCCUGCAGUUGAGGACAACACGGUUGGCUUCAAAUGCUGGGAAAUCAGAAACCCAAGUUUUGGCAAGGAGAGGGCUCUCAAGUUUGCUGAGCUGGAUGAUACUGUUCCUCUUCUGAAGGGAUCAGUUGAUCAAGGAGAUGAGAGGGUUGAAGCAGAUGAUAGACUCAAUGAAGUGAUCUCUUCUAUUCCUUCCAUGGUGACACUGCAGCAAGAGUUUUGUAUGGAGAAAUUCAUGAAGGCUAGUCACGAACGCGAGUCCAAAGAUCCAUUUUCCAGCUGUGAUAAGAGUACUGAUUAUGAUAAUUUCUUUGAGGAUGUCGAUCAGAGUAGAGUUGAUGAGAAGGAGGUUGCAUUUGGCUUAUGCUCUUCUGGUGAGAAUGAUAGGGAAAAUGGUGAAGCGGUGGCCAAGGAAAACCAAGAAAGGGAGCUAACAGAUUCACAAAGUGAUAAUGUGAGAGGGGCUUCAGAAGAUGAACCAGCUCAAAAACCUGCACCUACUUGUAAAUGGGGCCGUGCUUUUUCCGUGCGUCAAAGAAAGAAGCUUGAUGGCAUAAAGAUUGAGGCUAUCAAUGUUGGUGUCAACAGCCAAUUAGACUCUUCUCUAGUUUCACCAUGUGCAAGAGUUAGUGACCAUGAUGUUUCGUCAGGUUUUGGUUCUGCCAAGCCGAAGAGUUCCUCUUCUGAUAUCACUAUGGCUGAUGUUGCUCCAAUGCUCAAUGAGAUUGAUCCUCCUUCAGGCAAUGAUGAUUCUGUCAAGCCAGAGAGUUUCUCUUGUGAUACCACUAUGGCUGACUGUGCUCCAAUGCUUGAUGAGAUUGAUCCUCCUUUAGGCAACGAUUUCCCUAGCCCUGAUCCCAUUGACAAUGAUGAUUCUGGCUGUGGUUCCAACUUCUGCUGUCCGGAUUCUCAAAUGGACAGUGAUACUAACAACAAGGCCGAUACUGGUAAAGCUGAGAAUGAUGCUAAGGACGGAGAAGAGAAGAAGGAUGAUGAUGGGAAUAAACCUGGAUUUCUUGGGACAUCAGAUGAAGAUAAAAAUGCGAUGGAUCUUGGGUACUCCGAGGUGGAAAGAAGUCGUAGGUUGGAGUUCUUGAUGGCCAAGAGAAGAUCAAGGAAGAACAUAAUAUUUGAUCUUGAUGGAAAUGAUGCUUGUCAGAGUGCAGAUAGAUUUUCACGGUUCCGUAUGCAAGUUCAGCCUAUUUCAGUAUCAAGGAGAAACCCUUUUGACCUUGCUUCUGAUCCUGAUGAGGCAGCCAUUCCUGGCUCGGCUCCUUCAAUCAUGCAUCGGCGAAAUAACCUGUUUGAACCCCCUUCUGAACAAUCAGAUGAUAGUGGUGUAUCUGCAGAUGAUAACUUGGACUCUCAAGAAAUCAUGACAGGUUCCCGCCGAGACAUGGUCUUCAAGAGGCAUGAUACCUUCAACUUUGGCGGCCAAGAGAGACAACGUUCUAGAUUCAAGCCAUGUUUUGUGCUCGAUGCAAUGGACAUCGAGGAAGAAAGCGCGGGCAGUUUCCAGAGGCAGUUCAGUGACAGGAGCUUCUCGAAACUGAGCGCUGUGUCCGAGUCUGAUACCCUUUCUUCGGUCGCCGAUCAGGAGGAGUGCAACGACCUCGUCAAGAAGGAUUUCCAGAGGUGGUUUAGUGACAAGAGCUUGUCGAGGCUGAGCGUUGUUUCUGAGCUAGAUACCCUUCCUUUGGUCGCUGAUCAGGAGGAACACAGUGACCUCAUGAAUAAGGACUUCCGUUGGUAUUUCCAGAGGCAGUUCAGCGACAAGAGCGUGUCGAAAGUAACCGUUGUUUCUGAAUCCGACACCAUUUCUAUGGUCGGCGAUCAAGAGGAGCGCGCCGACUUCAACAAGGAUUUCCUUUGGUACUUCCAGAGGCAGUUCAGCGACAAGAGCGUGUCGAAGCAGAGCGUUGUUACUGAAUCUGAUAACAUUUCGUCGGUCACCGAUAAAGAGGACCGCAACGACCUCGUCAAAAGGGAUUUCCUUUUGGCACCAGAGCUGCUAAGACAGGAAAGUGAUCUUGAAAACGCUGGAAGCAAAUGCCCUGACAUGGGCAAUUCUGUGGGUGAGGAAACUCUGAAUGCUGCUGCCACCAAUGGGAUGGAGUCUGGGCCAGUGGACGAUACUGCAACAUAGGGUCCUAAUCAUCUGAUCAAGACAUCAAAGUUCUCCCCUGUACAUUUUGUGAAUGUAAUAUGAAUAGAAACAUCAUAAUGUUCCAGCUGCCAUUCUUUGAACACGUGCGUUGUAAAGUUCCAGCAAUGAAAGGAAAAAAGGAACAUGAGAUUUGUGUCUGUUACAUGUAUUCCAUGCUAGAGAAUGUUGAAUAACUAAUUCUCAAAAGAAAAAAGAGGGUGUUGAAUAA